AAUCAAGAAAGAAUAAUUCCUACAAAAAAUGGCCCAAUCUGUGACUCCACAAGACGCUCUGGGGACGACAUCGACGGUGUUCCCCCGAUCCCACGAGCGCAUAGCCAACCCCAAAGACACCCCCUAUUUCAUCGACAAUGAAUUCCGCCUGUCCAGCGCCGGCGAAAAGAUUGAUGUGCACGAUCCCGCCACCAACAACCUCGUCACUCGCGUUCCGCAGAUGACCCGCGACGAGCUGACAGAAGCGGUCGCCAGCGCCCAGCGCGCAUUCCCCGCAUGGCAGCGCACCUCGGCUAUUGCCCGCCAGCAGAUCAUGUUCCGGUACGUGGCCUUGAUUCGGGAGAAUUGGGACCGUCUGGCGGCCAUGAUCACUCUGGAGCAGGGCAAGACGCUGGCGGACGCGAAGGGGGAUGUCCUCCGUGGCCUGCAAGUGGCCGAGGCGGCGUGUGCGGGGCCCGAAUACAUGAAGGGCGAGGUGUUGGAGGUCGCCAGGGACAUGGAGACGCGGACGUACCGUGAGGCUUUGGGAGUGGUUGCUGCCAUCUGUCCGUUUAACUUCCCCGCUAUGAUUCCCUUAUGGUGCAUCCCCAUCGCCACCAUCACCGGCAACACGCUUGUACUGAAACCGUCCGAGCGGGACCCGGGCGCCGCCAUGAUCCUCGUGGAAUUAGCCGCGCAGGCAGGCUUCCCCAAGGGCGUGAUCAACGUCGUGCACGGAACCCACGACACGGUGAACUUCCUACUCGAUGCACCCGAGAUCAAGGCGAUCAGCUUCGUCGGCAGCAACAAGGCGGGAGAAUACAUCUUUGCGCGGGGCUCCGCGAACGGGAAGCGCGUACAGGCCAAUCUAGGCGCAAAGAACCACGCGCUGGUCAUGCCCGACUGCGACAAGGACUCGACAUUGGAUGCCAUCAUCAGUGCUGCUUUUGGCGCUGCCGGACAGCGUUGCAUGGCCCUGUCUGUAGCCCUGUUUGCUGGAGAAACGAAACACUGGCUGCCCGAACUCGUCGAGCGUGCCAAAGCGCUCCGCGUGGACGGCGGCUUCGAAGAUGGCGCGGACCUAGGCCCGGUGGUGACGCCGCAGAGCAAGGCGCGUAUUGAGACACUGAUUGCCAGUGCCGAGGCCGAAAAAGCCACCAUCCUCCUGGAUGGCCGCGGGUAUAAGCCCAAGUCCUAUCCCGAUGGCAACUGGGUGGGCCCGACGGUCAUCACCGACGUGCGUCCCUCGAUGCAAUGCUACCGCGAAGAGGUAUUCGGGCCGGUGCUGGUUUGCCUGAAUGUGGAUUCCCUGGACGAGGGGAUUGAUUUGAUCAACCAGAAUGAGUACGGGAAUGGCACGGCGGUGUUCACGUCCUCCGGGGCGGUGGCAGAGCGAUUCCGCAAGAACAUCGAGGCCGGGCAGGUUGGAAUCAACGUUCCGAUCCCGGUCCCCCUGCCUAUGUUUUCCUUCACUGGUAACAAGAGGAGUGUUGCAGGAGGUGGUGCUAGUACUUUCUACGGACGCCCGGGCGUCAACUUCUAUACCCAGCUGAAGACGGUCACGUCUAAGUGGGCGAGCAGAGAUGCUCCUGCUGCGAAGACGGGAUUGGCCAUGCCUACGAAUCAGUAG